CAGUAAACUAUGCACAUUUUACACGGAUUAAUUUUAUUCAAUUAUCAACUUUAAUUUUCUUUAAAAUGAUUAUACAAAAAACAGAUUAACAUUGGGACCAAUGCGAAUCAUGACUAGUAGGCAGUUGUGCCUUUCACUCCCAGAAUCUUAUCAAAUUAAUAGUUUAAAAUUUAUUUAUUUAACAUGUGCCACAGUGAUUACAACAACAUUCAUUGUAGAAUGUAUAUUAAUUCAUUUAGUUGUACAACCAUAUUUUCAUGAAUCUGCAUUUACACAUACAAAUUGUAGUUUUGUUCAUGCACAUAUUGUACGGACUGAUGUAAAAUGUGAGAAUAAAUGUUCUAAAGAUCGUUCGAAAUUUCCAUGUUUACGUGUGAUUGUACAAUAUUUAAGUGGAAAUAAAAAUCAUACAGUGAUAUUAUUUGAUAAUAUUGCAACUUAUAAUCAUUAUAAAUUUCUUGGAUGCGCUACCAGUGCAUGUCAUCAUCGUGAUAUGGAUAAUACAGAAUGGGUAGAGAAAUUUCAACGACGUAUUCGCUUGCAACGUCAUUUUCGUUGUUAUGUACAUGCAACUCAUGAAGAUGAAGCAUUAUUGUAUAAAUUUUAUACAUUUAUUUCGGUAUUUCAUGCAAUUUUUUGGCCAGUUACAUUAUUUUUAGCAUCAAGUAUUUGUUUAGGCAUCAUUUAUCUAUUUGAUAAAUGUCGUGUAUGGACAGGUGAUCAAGAUGUUAUUGUUUGAAAUUCAAAAGUAACUUUUCUUUUCGAUUUGUUUUGUUUUGUUGUUUUGAUAAAAUACGCGGGAAUAUAAAUGAGAUGAGAUGAACUAUGAUAAUUCCUUUCUGUUAAUUGAGAAUUCUCUACCUUGUACAUUUCAAUAUUGAUAUAUAUUUAUAUAUAUAUACAUGUAAUUUUCUUGUUUCAUGGUUUUCGUUGUUGUUGUUGUUAAAGUUGGCAUUGUUGCUAUUUCUUGUAAAUACAGAUUAUUAUUA